AUGUUGGUCUGGCGGCGGUUGCUGAUCGCAGCCGCGAUCGCGGCCUCUGUCGGGGCCUCGGCUUCGUCCGCUAGUUUUCCCGACAUUCCCGGGUAUUCCGACUUUUCCGGUUAUCCCGGCUUCUCCGUAUUUGUCCGCUCCGCAACCUCUUCUGUUGGUCCAUUCACCACAACGGCACCAUCCUCCGGUUGCAGAUUAUCAGAGUUCCUCUGCAACACUGGCCACUGUAUUUCGCAGGACAAAUUUUGUGACGGCGAGGAUGAUUGCGGCGACAAAUCUGAUGAACCGAGAUACUGUACCCCUUGCAAUCGAACUUUAUACGGCGACGUGGGUCGAACCUAUGAAGUGGAAGUUCGACGACCGAGGGAGGAUCGACUGCCAUUUUUAUGCCACCUCAACUUCACUGCCGCCGGGGCCGAUCACGGAGACCUAGUUCAGUUAACUUUUGAUACUUUUACGGUAGGACGCUUUCAAUCUUUUACCUCAGAAGGAUGUCCUGACGGGUAUAUGAGUAUAAGGGAAGAAGGACGUCCAGCAACUGAUGGACAGUGGUGUGGUAGUGCAUGGGGUUACACUGUAUAUUACAGUGAGACUCAUUCAAUAAAUUUAACACUUUUCUUAUCACGUCUUUCCGAACAGGGCACGGACUACAACUUUGACUUCAAACUAUCGUAUAAGUUCUUGAAGCGUAGCGAAGCUCACCUGAGAUAUGGGAACAGUACCAUGGCCACGUGGCGUGGUGAAUUAGUGAAUGGCACUUACUGUGAUCGAGUUUUAACCAGGUGCGACACACGCGCUUGUCGGCUCCAAUCGCCAAACUAUCCCGGUGUUUAUCCGAGGAACGUGACCUGCUACUAUCGUGUCGAGCAAAAACGUGCCCCGCCGGGACAUCGUGCACUUCUCGCUGUUAGUCAGCGGAACAGUCACAAGAUACACAUCAAGGACCAGAUCGUCAAAUACGACAGAAGUCAACGAAUAUUAAAAGUAUGGGAUCAGUGCAACGUCGUUCAAGAUUAUCUAACCGUUUACGAUGGUGGGUCGACUUCUGACAGAGUUCUUGUGAGAUUGUGCGGCGGAGAUGCAGUACCGGAUAUUGUCAGUAGUCACGACACGAUGCUCCUCGAAUUUCACACAUCGCCAUACGACAAUCCAUUUCACCCCGUUCCCUUAUCGUUCCUGCCCGGCUUUGAGCUUGAGGUUCAGGUACUUUUUGUUGACGAGAAGUCGCAGAGUUUCGUGAAGGAAAGUGAAAAUUGUAACUUUUUGAUAUCAAGUUUCGAGAGUCCCUCAGGUCUUUUGGAAAAUCCGAAGCACUCUUUACCUCCCAAUACAACUUGCCGUUAUCACUUUCAAGGGAAGCCAAACGAAAUUGUUUGGAUAUCGUUUAUUAAAUAUUACUCGGCAACAAUUGAUCCGGCAUCCAGUAUUGAUACAAUUGACAGUCCGACGGAAUGCAAUGCAAAAUUAUUAAUUUGGAAUGGCGAUCACUCGUCGGAGAAACCAAUAAACGGAAAGAAUGUCACAUUAAUGGGUGAAUUUUGCAAAUACGACAUCCCCCGGCUCUGUGACCACAGUCUUUUACGAAAUAGCAGUCGACACACACGACCCUGCAGUCUUGCCGAGAGUUACGUCUCAUCCGGAAGGGAUUUAACUUUAGAGCAUAUCCUGCGACAGGGAAGUGCCCUUUAUCCUGUGAGCUUCGUCCUUCGAUAUGAAUUCGUUCACGAAUCAAUGUCCUGCAAUCAUGUAUUCACAUCGUCGUCAUUUGCAUCAUUAUCAAACUCUUUACAAUCACCAUCAUCGUCGUCAUCGAAAACGGGCAAAUUUUAUUCACCAAAAAGCGUCUUCUUCUAUGGUCGAGGUGGUGCGCAAAAUCUCAGUUGCAUUUACCGAUUUGAAGCCGAGCCCGAGCAGAGAAUUGAACUUUCAAUAUCACGAGCAUCAUUUGGUGAUAAACAAUGUAAAUCCAACAUUGAUCCAUUAGUCGAUCGUUGGGCGUGUUAUCGUGAUAAAUCAAAAUCCAAGAAGAAUGGAAUCGCUGAAUUGCAGAUAUUGGAGCAUCCUUGGCAAGGAGUUGAAUUGGGAAGAGACUGCCUUUGUUCGAAUAUAACCGAAAAAGUCGUUUUAAGGACUCUAACUUCUAAUGUCGUUGAACUUAAAUUCACAGUAAUUCGUAUGAACGUCACACAAGAUUAUAGAGAUUUCUUUUUUGAGGGCGAAUUUCGUUUUGUCGCCGGAGCUGAAGCUGGUGAUCAAACUUGUGCCACUAGAUUGGAAGAUCGAAGACUAAGAGGCUCCAGUGGUGAAAUAUCUCUGAGAAGUCCUUUUCCUCCCAUUAUUCCCGGAGUAACUGCUGUCGAGGAAAUUUCAACAAAUACAGAAGAUCUAACAGCGACACAAUGUGUUCACGAGCCGUGGUUAAUUGAACCCAAGGAUAUACGAAUGAAUUUUGUCUAUUUGAGAACAAGUGGUUUCAGUAUUAAUCCCGGUAAUAUCGAUGAUUGUAAAACACAAAAUCGGAUUAUUGUUUAUUCAGCGGCAAAUACAAAGGACCGUAGUGUCAUUUGUCCUGAAAGUAGUUCAAAUUCAGCAAAAACAGUCGACUUUUUCUCCGGCGGUUGGAAUUAUAGUUUAGUUAAUGGUACAAUGUCAACAUCAGCCAUUCUCCAGCACUCAAGAAGUUUUGUGGUUGAAUUUCUCCAGAGGGAAGCUGGAUUUUAUGCUGUUACGUGGAUGGCUAUUUCGAAACAAUCUCCAGCUUCUCAUCUUGAAUCAAAUGCAUUUGCAUUUGUUCCAUCUAAUGAGUGUCCUUAUAGAUGUCCAGAAUUGCAGGCGUGUAUAAGUUCAGACCUCUGGUGCGAUGGUGUUAAACAUUGUCCUUCAGGAUUUGACGAGGAGGAGAAAAAUUGUUCUUAUCGAUUUGGAGUGACAUUGUUGUAUGUUGCCAUUGGUGCUGGAGCUCUGGGUAUAUUUCUCGUUCUAUUACUGGCAACUGGUUGCCUCAAAUACUGUCUCUAUCGACAUAAAGCGCGUAAGAAGAAAAAAAACGUCGCUCUUAACGUUAAUCACCUACAUGUGAAUCACACUCAUCAUAAUAACGGACUCACUGGAACUCGUCUCAGUGGACGUUAUAAUCUCGCUACUCCACAAGAAAUGUAUAUGGAGAACUAUGGAAAAGACAGUAUUUGUUGACAAUACGCCAUCACCAAUAUUGAAACCACUGUGUGAAUAGUCAUGUUUUUAAUGCCUUCCAGGCCUCUCCUACACAUACACACACACAAAAACACACAGACACAAAUACAAACACACCACUUCCAUCAGCGUUUUAUGAACGAAAAAUGCACUAUAGUGUUAUUAUUAAUAAUAAAUAUAUAAUAAUCAUCUUAUAAAGAUAAUAAUAUUCCCCAGAACGAGACAAAAAGUUAUGAUAAUCUAUCAAAAAUUUCCAUACUGGUUUCUCCAUCAUAUGAAUAUAAUAUGAAGAUUAUAAAGAGAAAACCUUUGUCCACUUUCUAUUCUGUAACCAGUUUGGAAUAUUUUUGAUAAAUAUGCCCUUUUUUAAAAAGAAAUUCAAAAGAGUGAAGCAAAAUUCUAAUGAAAGAAAAUAUCAUUAUUUAAAAUUACAAAAACACUUCGCAGGUGGUUUUUUAAUAAACAAAUAUUGCAGCGAGAGGAAAUAUUCUUUCGUUUCGGAUGGACCGAUAACUUUUGCUCUACAACAAUAUCACAGUUUUUCUAAGGAUAUCAAAUUGAGACAAAAAAAAACGUAUCAAAAACGUUGCUUCACAACACUUUCGAUAAAUUUUUUGUCUCAAUUUGAUAUCCUUAGAAAAACUGUGAUAAGGAUGAUCUAAUUUAUUCUCUCUGAAUCAGAUAAGAUUUUAACUGACUUACUUUUGCUUUCAAAGCAGUUGAAAUUUACAGAUUCUUCUUUAAAAAACAUUUUCUACCAAUAAAUCAAUCUUUGACUGAAUUGACGUUGGUGAAGUUAAAGACAUUCACAGAUUUUCUAAAGAUAUCAAAUUGAGACAAAAAACGUAUCAAAAUUGUUGCAAUGCAACAUUUUGAUACUUUUGUUGUCUUAAUUUGAUAUCCUUAAAAAAAAUGUAUUAUCAACUCUCUAAAU